AUGAUGGCGAAACUCAAGGAAUCCUUGGCUGGUCCAGGGUACGUGAUUCUGAACGCCAUCCGCGCCCUUAAUAUCAUUGUCUUCCUCGAUAUCAUCGCCUCCUGCGUUGUGAUGGAGGUCAAAAUCGACAUGCGGAACGGCUUCUUCUUCUUCCAAGCCGUGACUCAUGCCGUUAUGGCUUUGAUUAGCAUCGUCUUGAUCAUCACCGAGCUCCCCAUCCUCCGGGACUACUUCAAUAACAACUGGCCACUCUUCGGAGACGAGGCAGGCUUCCUCGGUCUGGCAUUGGCCAUGAUGAUCCUCGGUGUCGCCGUUUUAGGCAAUCUGAACACCGAAGCAAUGAGCCAAGAGUCCCUCGGCCUCGCAUUCUGGCGCAUUGUCAUCUCAGCAGGAAUCCUAGCCAUGGUAAUGAGCGUGCUGAAUAUCCUGGCAGUAAGAAUCCCACCUCAUCCCAGUCUCGCUGGUUCAAACCUUCUAACAAAUAGCCCCCAGACCUUCAUCUUCAGCCACCGCAAACCCCACGUCAGCGCCCGCCAGGUCCGAAUCUACGGCGCCGGUGCCAAAGACCAAGUAAUUAGCCGAACAAGCAGCCAACGCUCCCUGCAACUCGGAAUCAAGCGCGAGGAAUACCCGAACCCGCACCCACCAACCUACACUCCCGAACCCGCACGCGAGAAUGCCUUGAAGCGAGCGACGAAGCGCUUCACGGGCCGAUUCCCGAUCAAGAUCUCCGGCCCCAUGAUGCGGAGCAAUGACGCUGCAGACCACGCGCAUCUCCAGCCGCCGCUGAACAACGAUGAUGCGGCUUCGUCGCAUUAUUCGCGGAACUCGGAGGGCAUCCCGUUUCCUGAGGAGACGUAUCAUCCUUCUAUGCGGCAGACUCAUGCGGUUAAUAUGGUUUAG